AUGGAGUGCACCUCAAGAAGCCGCCGGCUCUCGUGCUGCCUCCUCCUGGCGGUGUGCGCCGUCGUCCUACUAGUGCCGGCGGCGGCCGCGCCUCGCCGGCUGCUGCAGACGUGCCCGGGGCAGGACUUCGACGUGCCGCACGCGCACCUCCGCGCCCGGAACAACGUGAAGCCGCUCAAGUUCACGGAGGAGAUCUCCGCCCGGGCCCUGCAGUGGGCGCUGCAGUUCAAGGGCAACUGCGCGGCCGCCGCGCCUGCCGCCGGCAUCAACGUCUUCCUCGGCGGUGCGGGCGCCACAUGGCUGCCCAGCGACGCGGUCGCCGCGUGGGCCGAGGAGGAGGAGCACUACGACUACGGCUCCAACUCCUGCUCCACGGGCAAGGCGUGCGGCCGCUACACGCAGAUGGUGUGGCGGGACAGCAAGGAGUUCGGCUGCGCCAUCGUCCAGUGCGAUUCCGGGGACACGCUCAUGGCGUGCCACUACGAGCCGAGGGGCAACGUCAUGGGACAGAAGCCGUUCUGA